GAUAUUCAGAUUCUGCAAGUCAAAGUGCCACAGAAACUUCAAAAAGAAGCGAAAUCCCCGAAAGAUGCGGUGGACCAAAGCAUUCCGGAAAGCAGCUGGCAAAGAAUUGACAGUGGAUAAUUCGUUUGAGUUUGAAAAACGUAGAAAUGAACCAGUGAAAUACCAGAGAGAGCUGUGGAACAAGACUGUUGGUGCAAUGAAGAGAGUGGAGGAGAUCAAGCAGAAACGCCAAGCCAGAUUUAUUAUGAACAGACUAAAGAAGAGCAAAGAGCUGCAGAAGGCAGAAGACAUCAAAGAAGUCAAACAGAAUAUCCACCUUCUUCGUGCUCCGCAUGCGGGCACACCAAAACAGCUGGAGGACAAAAUGGUGCAGAAGCUACAAGAGGAUGUGGUUAUGGAAGAAGAUUCUUAAAAUGCUUUUAUUUUCUAUUUAUACAUCUUCAGAAGUUAACGAUUCCUUACUGCCUCACCUGACAUUCAGAACUGUGCUUACAGUUGAAGAAAAAUACAUUUUAAUGAACAGUGGUCAUUUACACUUUGAGUGAUUUUUGGUUUUAUAAAAAAUAAGAAGAUGGAUACGGGUUUGGGCAUUAUUUGUGUAAUUUGAGCAAACCUUGUCAGCAGGAUGGCACAUUGUUUGAGGUACUGUGUGCUCCUUGGAAGGUUACGCCUUCUUUCUGG